AUGCCGACGGAUGAUGCUGCCACAGAAAAGGUUAUGAAAAUUGCUCAGAAAGCUACAGCUUAUGAUCAUGGUAGGAGAUAUGAAGAAGCCAUUUACUUCUAUGUAGACGCAGCCAAUAAACUACUUCGAUUACUAAACGAAAAAAAAUGUCUACCCAUCCUCCGGAAGAGUGCUGAGGAAUAUAUAAAUCGAGCUGAGUAUUUAAAGAGAGAGUUACCACGCCUACUGGAAUUGGCAAAAACAACGAAAUCUCAUAACCAAUUGAUGUUCGAAAAAGCUGAAUUCAGAAUGAUUAAAGCUCAGGACUUAGACUGCGAUGAUCAUCAUGCACUAGCCUUAGACGAAUAUGAUGCUGCUGUAAAAAUCUUCAAAGAUGCCUGUCACACUUGUUCUGAUGGAAACAAACGGGCCCAGAUUUUGAAAAUAAUCGGAUCUGCGCUUGAGCGAAUGGAAAUUCUUAGCCGACUCGUAAAAGAAAAGGAAAUCGAACUGUUAGCACUUCCGGAUGUUCCGACUAAUGAAUUUGAUAAUUUUUCCAUCAAUAGUGCGAGUGUCAGCCCGGUAACACCUCCAACUCCUCACAAACCGGCAAGUGCUCCUUCGACACCUCAGGUAACCCAUCCAAGAAAUCCUUCUGAAUAUCAAAAUCAGGGUGCUGGACUGACAAAGGAAGAGCUAGCGGUUCUGGCUACAACAUCGUAUAUUAACGGCAAACAAUAUGUACCAUUCCUACCGCAAGACUUGAGAGAGAACUUCUCUUUCACUUUGACAUUCAGUGAUAAAGACGGGAAACUACAUUUGGCAGAAAAACAGAAAGCACAACUGAAAGGAUGGAUGAGACCAUCAGAAAUCAUGCCAGAACCGAAAUUAAUACAAUGCAUUGAUAGUGGAACAAUCAAGCAGACCGCCGUUUCCGAUUGCUCUUUCGUAUCUUCUCUUGCCGUAGCUGCUCGUUAUGAAAAACGAUUUGGAAAGCAAAUAGUGACGAGUAUUAUUUAUCCUCAAAACAAAAAAGGAGUUCCUGUAUAUAACUCACACGGAAAGUAUAUGAUCAAGUUCCAUAUAAAUGGAGUUUGGAGAAAGGUGAUAAUCGAUGAUUAUUUACCAGUCGGAGAAAACAGGAGACUUCUAUGCUCUCACAGUCAACUUCCUGGCGAACUGUGGGUUUCAAUUUUGGAAAAAGCCUAUAUGAAAGUAAUGGGAGGAUAUGACUUUCCUGGUUCUAAUUCAAACAUCGAUCUUCACGCCUUGACGGGCUGGAUUCCAGAAAGGAUUUCCAUAUCAUCUGAUCCAGAAACUAAGUUUGAUCCGGAUAAAGUUUUUGAUAAGUUACUCUCACGGUUCCAUGCCGGAGAUUGUUUGGUGACAUUGGCAACUGGGAAGUUAGAUGACAGUAUCUGCGAAAGAGCAGGAUUAGUUGACUGCCAUGCGUAUGCUGUGUUGGAUUUGAGAAAAGUUGAGGGUCACAAACUGCUCAUGGUCAAGAAUCCUUGGACACAUCUUCGCUGGAAAGGCAAGUUUUCCGAAAACGAUUUGGCUAGUUGGACCCCUUCUCUGAGAAAAGCUCUCGAUUAUGAUCCAAACAAGGCCAAAGAGAAAGACGAUGGUGUGUUCUGGAUUGAAUUGGCCUCUGUUUGCAAAUUCUUUGACGUUUUUUAUGUCAACUGGAACCCCAACCUCUUUCCAUUCACGAGCGCCUAUCAUUCCUCAUGGCAUGCUUGUUCUGGUCCGAUAAAAGACUUAUACUCUGUAGCCGACAAUCCUCAAUAUACAUUAGAAGUGCAUAAUUCAGGGAAAUCUGCUGUGUGGAUUCUUCUCACUCGUCACAUCACAGAAAUCAGUGACUUCGCAGAUAAUAAGGAAUAUAUCACGGUAAUGGUUUAUAAGUCUGGAAAGAAAGUCUAUUUACCAUUUGACCCCAAGCCUUUGAAUGUAGGAUUAAAAAUAAAUAGUCCUCACUAUCUCUGCCAGAUGAUAGUGGAUGAGCCAGGAAUUCAGAAGUACACUCUUGUUGUAGCACAGUAUGAAAAGAUGAACACAAUAAACUAUUCCUUGAGAGUUUAUUCUUCCACCAGGUUCAACUUGAAUCCCAUGCGUUCACUCAAACAUAAGAAAACGAUAACAGGUAAAUGGGAAGGAAUUACAGCUGGAGGUUGUGGUAACAGUGGAAACAUGGAAAACUACAAAAAUAAUCCAAUGUUCCGUAUUUCUUUGGAAGAACUCAGUGAUGAAAACUCAAUUUCAAUUAUUCUUAAAGGUCCCAAAAAGUACAGCGUUGGCUUCCAAGUGCUACAGGAAUCAUCGGCUCGGUCGAAGCCGUUUGAGAAACAGGAUUCAGGCAGCUAUAGACCUGGUUAUACAUUCUUGAGUUUGAGUAAAGUACCUGCAGGAGUGUAUAGCAUAAGAGUAACUACUUUCUUGAGUGGUCAAGAAGGUCCUUUCAUCCUUACAGUCGAGUCCUCUUGCGGCUUUAACCUUACAAAGGUUGCAAAAUAA